UAAAAAUGAACCAAAUAAAUGAAAGGUCUCAUCCUGUUGGUCUGAUUCCCUUUCUAGAAAAUGAAAUAUUCUUGGGUCUCCUAAACCCAUCAUCUCACGUCAACUUCAAGAUGCUACAGUGAAGUUUCUCUUCGCUUUCACGCAAGAAAAAAUAGAACAAAGAACUUUCUCUUUUGCUGCAAUUUAACAAUUCCACUCUUGACCAGAACUCGAAGAUUCUCCACCCACUUUCACUAUGUUGAAUUGUCUCCAUGCGAUGGACCUUUCAACUCUUAGAGAAAGUUUCUUCCCUCGCCGUUUAUGGAAAUCAUUCCCAGUUAGUGCCUCUUCACUGGUCUAGAAUACAGUUUCGACCCUGAAAGAUGGCAAGAGAUUCGAAUCUUGUCACCUUUUUCGUAUUCGUAGCAUCAAUUUUGUUUCUCGUCAUACCCAUUAAUGGAAACAAUCUUCUGUAUGUGCUUUGCCAACCUGAGAAAGGCAAUUACACUUUUGGCAGUCCAUUCAGGAACAACCUUGAACAGCUUCUGGGCACUUUGGCUUCUAGCACUGCAAAGACAGGCUUCAGCAACAGUUCUGCUGGGGAUGGCACUGAUCAAGUAUUUGGCCAAGCACUUUGCAGGCAUGAUGUGAAUAGGAGUGUUUGUGGGGAUUGCAUCAGGACUGCAAGUCAAGAGAUCAUGAGCCGGUGCAACAAGAGAGAUGCUGAUAUUUGGUAUGAUUAUUGCCAAAUAUCUUAUUCAUAUAAUGAUUUUUUCUCCGCGAUGACUUACCAAGGAAAGUACCCAGAUUGUAUUAAGCAGAAGAACGUAUCGAAUCCGGACGAGAUGAGCACUGCCCUGAAAAAGUUUAUGGAUGGUCUCAAAAGUAAGGCUACAUCCGCUUCAUCGAUGUUUGCGGCGGGCAGUUCGAAAUUCUCGAGCCAAGAACAUGUCUAUGGCCUCGUGCAGUGUACAAGAGAAAUCACUUGGGAUGAUUGUAAUACCUGUUUGGUGGGGGCCUUGGGGGAUCUGACAUCAUUUUGCUCCCGUCAUCAAGGUGGAAUCGUUGUCAGCAGAUAUUGCAACGUGAGGUUCGAGCUUUACCGCUUCUAUAAUCUGCAUUCUAAAGGUUUGGAUAAGGCAAAGAUGGUUUUGUUGGUAUUAGGUAUUCUGGUAGGGGCAUUGCUACUUUCCCUUGGGGUUUGUGUUGCCUUUCGAAGACAGAAAAAGACAACGACCAGAGAUGAAGAGAAAGACGAGAAUGUAUUGCGACAUGAAUUGGCGAAGCCCAUUGAGCUAUCGAUUCCAAAAGGGGAUCUAGAAUUUUCUGAUGAUAUGCUUGUCAUGAAUUUGGCAACUCUGAUGGCUGCCACAGUUAACUUUUGCCUUACAAACAAACUCGGACAAGGCGGAUUCGGCAUUGUUUACAAGGGAAUUCUACCAGAUGGAAACGAAAUAGCAGUAAAGAGGCUGUCGAGGAAGUCAUGGCAGGGUGUAGAAGAGUUUAAAAAUGAAAUCAAGCUGAUUGCAAAACUCAAACACAAAAAUCUCGUGAGGCUUUUGGGGUGGGGCAUAGAUGGACAUGAGAAGCUACUCAUAUAUGAAUACAUGGCCAACAAAAGCCUCGAUGUCUUCCUCUCUGACCCGAUGAAGAGAUCACAACUUGAUUGGAGAGCACGCUACAACAUAAUUCAUGGGAUUGCCAGAGGACUGCUUUAUCUUCAUGAGGAUUCCGUGCCGAAGAUCAUCCAUAGAGAUCUAAAGCCAAGCAACGUGUUGCUGGACAUCGACAUGGUUGCCAAGAUAUCGGAUUUCGGCAUGGCAAGGAUUUUCUCAGAGAAGCAGAAUGUAGCAAACACCAGAAGAGUUGUCGGGACUUUCGGUUACAUGGCCCCCGAAUAUGCAAUGGAGGGACAAUUCUCUGCGAAGUCUGAUGUGUUCAGCUUUGGAGUCAUCCUGCUCGAAAUCAUCAGUGGGAAGAAAAAUAGUGGUUUCCACCUCACCAAACGCGCAACAUCGCUGCUAAAAUAUUCAUGGAUUUUGUGGAACGAAGGGAAAGAGCUUGAAUUCGUGGACCCUUUCCUGCUGAAAUCGUUCGCACCAGCUGAUGUGCGCAGAACCGUUCAAAUAGGGCUUUUAUGCGUGCAAGAAGAUCCAGCGGACCGACCUCUCAUGACGGAUGUGGUGGUUCUUCUUAGAAGUGGACCGUCCGUGCUCUCUCAGCCAAAACAACCUGCAUUUUCAGUCGGGCGAGACAUCGCCUUGGAUAUGCUUUCAAUGCCAGAAAGUUCUUGUACCAACGAUCUUACUGCUUCUACAAUGUUGCCACGGUGAAUAGUGGCUAUCAACAUCGAAACAUUUGACAGCGACACGACUCUCGGGUUCAAGGUGUAACAUGUACUGCUGGUUCAAGCAGAAAUUAAAAUUCAUGAUCUGUCUUAGCUGUCUGAUAAUAGGUAAACUGAGCAUACGUAGGUUGUAAAGAAACCAUGUAAAUGACAGAUGCGGUCUUUGUGAA